ACCCGACCCAUUAGCAGCACACCCAACCCCAAUCACCCCUGCGUCUCUCCUCGCUGUCGUUUCUUGUUCGCUGCUAGGGUUUCAAAUUGGUACUCUGGCGAUUCAUCGAUCGUGUGAACCAAAGUCCGACAAAAUCUGGACUAAGCGAGGACGAUCAAAGAGCUAAUCGACUCUGAUCGGAGCAAACUAUGGCGCACAGGUUGCUGAGAAACGUCGAAGCUGAUGGUUGGGAACGCUCGGACUUCCCAAUCAUAUGCGAGUCGUGCCUGGGCGACAAUCCCUACGUUCGAAUGACAAAAGCAGAUUAUGAUAAGGAGUGCAAGAUUUGUACAAGGCCCUUUACAGUUUUUAGGUGGAGGCCAGGUCGUGAUGCUAGGUAUAAAAAAACUGAAAUUUGCCAGACUUGCAGUAAGUUGAAAAAUGUUUGCCAAGUUUGCCUUUUGGAUCUUGAAUAUGGAUUGCCAGUUCAGGUCCGAGACACUGCUCUCAGUAUCAAUUCCAAUGAUGCCAUUCCUAAGAGUGAUGUGAAUAGGGAAUACUUUGCAGAGGAGCAUGACCGCAGGGCUAGAGCUGGUAUAGAUUAUGAAUCUUCAUAUGGAAAGGUACGGCCAAAUGAUACCAUUUUGAAGCUUCAGAGAACAACUCCAUAUUACAAGAGAAACAAAGCACAUGUUUGUAGCUUUUACAUACGGGGAGAAUGCACAAGAGGUGCUGAGUGCCCUUACAGGCAUGAGAUGCCCGAAACUGGAGAGUUGUCACAACAAAAUAUUAAAGAUCGCUACUACGGAGUGAAUGAUCCUGUGGCAUUGAAACUACUAAACAAGGCAGGCGAAAUGCCCUCACUGGAACCCCCAGAUGACGAGAGCAUCAAAACCCUCUAUGUGGGUGGGCUUGAUGCAAGAGUGACUGAGCAAGACUUGAGGGACAACUUCUAUGCCCAUGGUGAAAUAGAGUCUGUAAGGAUGGUGCUGCAACGUGCUUGUGCUUUUGUAACCUACACAACAAGAGAAGGUGCAGAGAAAGCAGCUGAAGAACUCUCCAACAAGCUUGUCAUAAAGGGUCUGAGGCUGAAGCUGAUGUGGGGUAGACCACAAGCACCAAAACCAGAGGGUGAAAGCUCGGAUGGAGCAAGACAGCCGGCAACAGUGGCUCAUAGCGGGAUGUUGCCUAGGGCAGUCAUAUCCCAACAACAGAACCAACUACAGCCACCAGGUACUACUCAGGACCAACCCCAACCGACGCAUUACUUCAAUAUUCCUCCGCCACCUCAGCAGGAUAGGACAUAUUAUCCAUCAAUGGAUCCUCAGAGAAUGGGUGCCCUAGUUCUAUCUCAAGAGGGGGCUCCUAAUCGGCCCACAGGGUCCGUUGAUAACAAAACCGAUUCAGAGAAGCAGCAACAAGGAGGGCAGCAUUAUGGUUACCAAGCUUUGCCGCCGCUGCCGCCGCCGCCACCUCAAGGUCAAUUUCACCAGCCAUUUUAUCCACCAUACGGGUAUAUGCCCCCGCCGCCACCACCUCCACCUUACCAGCAAUACCCUCCUCCACCUUAUCACCCUACAAUGCGCCCUAUGCCACCACAGCCGCAGCCGCCACCAGUGGCCCAGCAGUAUCAACAUUCUGAACAGCCAGGAUCAUCCCAGAAGUGAUAUCUGUCUUGACAUGGUGUCUUGUGGUGAGUCCUUGUACUGAGGCAGUUGGUUGAUUCAUCACUGGCUGUUGUAUUUUGGAUGAUGAUACAUUUUCUUUGCUUUUAUGUUUAUGCCAGCAUUUUAGGAUUACUGUUGUCAACUUUUUCAAGGAUUUUCUGUUCAUUUUUAUCCAAGCAAUUAUAAUUUUAUGAUCCUGCUUGACUA